CCCCCCGGAGAAGCGAGCCGCGCGGGCGUCCCGAGGGGAAGAUGAGCCGCACCAGUGCCAGGUCUGGGCACCUGUCGCAGCCGGUCGUGAAGAGCGUGCUGGUGUACCGGAACGGGGACCCCUUCUUCACGGGCCGCCGCGUCGUCUUCCGUGAGAAGAAGGUGUCCAGCUUCGACGUCUUCCUCAAGGAGGUGACGGGCGGCGUCCAGGCGCCCUUCGGAGCGGUUCGGAACAUCUACACCCCGCGGACCGGGCACCGUAUCUGGAAGCUAGACCAGAUCCAGAGCGGGGGCAACUACGUGGCCGGGGGCCAGGAAGCCUUCAAGAAACUCAAUUACAUUGAUGUAGGCGAAGUGAGGUUAAGAUCCUUCGUGCCUGUUGAGCUUUAUUCUCUUGAAGUAAAACCAGUAACCCACAGCAGGAUCAAUGUGUCAUCUCGCUUUAGAAAACCACUUCUGGAACCCUGCACUAUCUUCUUGAUUGCAAAUGGAGACCUCAUAAACCCAGCUUCUCGACUCCUCAUUCCUAGAAAAGCCUUGAAUCAGUGGGAUCAUGUACUGCAGAUGGUCACGGAAAAGAUAACUCUGAGGAGUGGGGCUGUCCACAGACUCUACACUUUAGAAGGAAAACUGGUUGAGAGUGGGGCAGAGCUGGAGAAUGGGCAGUUUUAUGUGGCUGUCGGCAGAGAUAAGUUUAAGAAGUUGCCUUACAGUGAAUUACUUUUCGACAAGUCGACGAUGAGAAAGUCUUACGGUCAGAAAACCUCUUCACUACCUCCAAUUGUAGGAUCCAGAAAGUCUAAAGGCAGUGGAAAUGAUCGCCAGUCUAAGUCAACAGUUGGAUCCAGCGACAACUCAUCUCCUCAGCCUCCAAAGAGGAAAGGGAAAAAAGAUGUGAAUUCAGAAAAACCCACGAAAGAGAAACAAAAUGCCAAGUUAAAGAGUUCACCACAAACAAUCCCAAACAGUGAUGAAGGCGUUUUCAAAGCUGGAGAGGAGAGAUCAGAAACGCGGGGGGCAGCUGAAGUCCAAGAAGAUGAAGACACUCAAGUUGAGAUUCCAGUGGACCAGAGGCCAGCAGAAAUAGUAGAUGAGGAAGAAGAUAGAGAGAAAGAAUACAAGGAGGUGGAACAGAAGGAAGACUUCUCAGGAAUGAAUGGUGAAGUUAAAGAGGACGAAGGAGACCAGGAGAAGCCCGAAGCUCCAGAGCAAGCCGAGGAGAUCCCGGAUCCCAGAGAGGAGCAGGCAGGUUCUGCGGCUCGUGUGAAUGGAGGCACCGAUGAAGAAAACGGCGAGGAACUGGAACAGGUUAAUAAUGAGCUUCAAGAAGCGGUGGAUGAGGAAAUAAAGUCUCAAGGAGCUGGCAGUGGACAUGAAGAGGCUGACUUGGACCCUCAAAGACCACCAAGACCAGAAGUAAAAAUCACUAGUCCACAAGAAAAUGAUGACAGUGAACAAAACAAGGAUAAUUUGUCAUAGCAUGGAUGAUUUUUAAAAAGAAAGUAUAUUGAGUAUAAGAAAAAUGAAGGAUUAAAUACUUGAAGAAUAAGUAUAUAGCUAUUGCUAAACAUAAUGUGACAAUGUGGUUGAAUACUACCUACUGAAAUUUAAAAUUAGAGCCUGACUACUGGGAAAGACUAGAUAACUUUGAAGAGCUACUAAAGGAGAGUGACUUCUUUUUAUCAGCUGUGUUUUUAAAAGUCAUGUAGAAAAAUUAAGCGUAAUAGAGGGGAUUUUGCCCUGGAAGACAGUUGGCCACUUGCCUUUGUAAAGAUGGAAAAACACAAGACCAUACCUGUUCUUGAGAAGUGAGAUUAUUGGAUGGCAGCUUAUGCUAAAGCACUUAUCUAAGAGGGCUUAGAAUUUUAAAAAAUGAUAAUAGGAAAGCACGUACUAUUUUUUUAAAAAAAGCAAUAAACUCUUGAAUAAACUAAUUGCAACUUAGUUUCAGAGGUAAUUUGAAGGUGGCAAUAGACUGAAAUGUUUCUGUGUCUUGUUGACAUUCCUUUCUUUCUUCCUCCUUAGCCAAAAUCCACCUUAAAAGAAUUAAAAGGAAAAUGCAAGGUAUUCAUUUUGGAAGGAGGAAGUAUUCGCUCAGUGUAUUCCACGACAAUAUUGUCAUGCCCCUCCCUUAAAUACUGCAGGUUUUAAUUGUCCAGCUUUAAUGAUACACACUCAGGAAGGAAUUACAGAAUGGAACACCUAAUUGUAUCGCUGAGCCUGUCUGGGUGGUUUACAGAUUCUGGUAUCCAAUGGAUUUUAGCUGAUCCAGUCUACCAUUACCAAUAAUACUCCUCUCUUCUUCAUAUUAUUAUAUUAGAAAACUCAAAAUUGGGUAUUCCAAAGAUUGAAUUUUCUCCAAACAGUUUUUUAACAAAAAGAGCAAGGCCGUGUAGUAGAUAAAAAACCUAGGCUGUAAGAUUUUGUUACGCCUCAGUUUCUCUUGCUUUUUAUUUAUUUUUAUUAGAACUGCCCUGUCAUAUUUUUUCCCUUAGGGGUAUCAGCAAAUACUUCUUUUCAUGGUCAGUUAUAUUUAGACUUUUAAGGAGAUUCUUUUCUCUAUAAUUUGAAGCUAUAGCAUAGGAAUUGUUGAAAAAAGUUUAAAAAUUGUCAUAAUGAAACCAGUUCCUGAUUACAGUUCUAGGGUUAAUUAAAUUAAAUCAGAUUGCCUCGUCAGGUAUAUGUGGGGAAAAAAGGUCAUGUUAGUUUUGAAUAUUUAAGAGAUGAUGUAGUUCUUCCUUAAAUAUAGAAAUAAUGUUUUCUCAUAUUAAAGAGUAUUUUUUGUUAGUUAUGUAGAAAUUUGCAAUUUUAACUUCUUGUGCUUUCAUAGAAUUCAUUAUUAAUGAUGAUUUUGAAAGAUUUAUCCGCCCUCCAGGUUUCAUAACCAAUCACUUGGAAUUAAAGUUAUAUAAAGCACUCAAUAAUACUAUAGAAAACUGAUAUAUUUUUCUUAAAAGCUAUUUUAAUAUUUUCCAUAAAUAGGAAGUAUAUGCAGUGACUAUAACAGUGUUGGAAAGAGAUACUGAUAUACAGGUAUAUUGAUCUAGGAGGAUGAAUUAUAAAUGGGGUACUAUAUUUCUAAGAUAAACUCUAGAUUGUUCUUUCUACUAGUAGGUUUAUUUUUUUCAAGUGAGACAGUAUAAAGCUUUGCAGGUAAUAAGCAAUCAUCUUAAUAAUCUUUGUUGCUAGGGCAAUAGAUGACUUGGUUUUUUAAUGUUAAAUUCCCACACUAUUACUAGGUCUGGAGUUAAUGAUUUCAAAUAGUUUAUAAAAAUAAAAGAUUGCAUAUAAGAAA